AUGGCAGACCCAGCUAUCUACGACUUCCUAAACCAUCCCACUAAUGCUUCCUCAAAACCCACCAGAAAGCCAACACAGAGACAGCCCAUGACAGCUUCCUCGUCUCGCUUAUUCCCUUGCCUCUACUGCCCUCGCAAGUUCUACACCUCCCAAGCUCUCGGUGGUCACCAAAAUGCCCACAAGCGCGAGCGAGCCGCCCUUCGCAGAAGCUACCCCACUGACCGCUUGGCUAGCUCUCUCCUCCAGACCGAACCGCCUGCAAAUCCGGUCGCACCGUUUGUGGAACAGUUUUGGCUCGACCCCAUUCACUCCACUCACCACUUUAACCGCGCCUCAACCUCAGUUCAUCUUGCUGGUCUUCAUGGAAAUGCAACUCCAGAAGCUCUUUCUCCAGCCUCCUCUGAUGCUAAUCAUGACCACGUAAACCUUGACCUCACCCUUCGCUUAUAG